AUGUUAUCAGACUUCAUCUUAUCGGCUAAUCUGUGUGAUAUAUUCCUCCAGACCCAAGCAUUGCCAUUUAAAACUAUGGACGACCGUCGCGAGGCCUUCGGACCUCUGGUCGAUAUUCCGGAUACGUCCCUUAUUGCGCUUGCUUUGAGGGUUUAUGAAUAUAAAUUCUUGAAGCCGAGUGAGAAAUGCCGAGUGAUCGCCCGUAUCGCCGGCUCGUACAAUCUUGUUCAUGUUGCCCAAUUAGAUAAUGACUUCAGACUUGUGAUCCGCGUCCCUGUGACUGGUUGGGGUUCUGGCAAGACCGAGACGGCAGCGCGUGCACUAGAGUCAACAGUCGCAACAAUGCGCUUCAUCGCGAAUCAUACAUCUAUUCCAGUGCCUCAAGUAUAUGAAUACGACACAUCCGACGAUAAUGAAAUCCAUACACCAUACAUGUGCAUCAGCUUCAUUUACGGGUCGCCAGUAUCUAAUAUCUGGUCUAAGGGGUCCGAUACCAUACCCCUAAUACAUUUCCAGCACAAUAUCUUACGGAGUCUUGCCCAAGUCAUGGUUCAGUUUUCCUGUUUUAGAUUCAAUAAGAUAGGGUCUAUCCCAAAUAAUGAUGUUGACGCAGAAUCACUAGAACCCUGUUACAGUUGGCAACAGCAUCCAGAUGCCACAUUGCGCGUUGUAUCCUCCGGGCCUUUCGAUUCCGCAUCUAGCUACCUCGCCCAUCACUAUAGAGAAGAUGAUGGAGACGAGUACAGUAGAGGAGCGUCGGCAAUACUAAAAUCAAUCAUGUCUACCGCAAUACCAGAUUAUCCUUCGGAAUACUUCGUGCUUUGUCCUCCCGACUUUGAUUCUCAAAAUGUCCUGGUUGACCGUCGAGGCAAUGUUACGGGCCUCAUAGACUGGGAUCAUGCUCAAACUUUACCACAGUCUAUGGGUUAUGCAAGAUUUCCUGCCUGGCUUACAAGAGAUUGGGACCCUUCGACGUAUAGUUGGCCAGAAAUGUCAGGUACAGAGGAUUCCCCAGCGACUUUAAACUACUACCGACAGCAAUAUUGUCAGUAUCUUGGAAAUGCCCUCAAGUGGCGAAGAGAAUGGAUGUUCACCUUGAAGUCUCACAUGGCAGAAGCAGUGUGGAUAGCUGUCCACUACACCCAUAGCCGGGUGGCAAUAUGUCAAAAGCUGAUCGAGGAAGUUCCAAUGGGAAAUAAAUAUAUUGACGGUCGGAAAAUUCUCUUUGAUAUCGGGAACGACGACUUCGAGGAGGAGGAUUGGAAUUCGUUGAUUGCCGGAAUCAAGAGCCUUUUUAUAAUGCGACACCAACUAUUUGCCCAUCGGCAACAAGCUAGACUGUCCAGACUCAUGGCAUAUCCCGAUCCCGGCAGCCGACGUCGUAGCUUCGAACCUUCAUGCUACCAUGCCCUUGAACCGGCAACGUACAAUUAG